AUGGACACGUCGCUGGGACCACUCGCCGCAUCAGUCGAGCCGGCCCUUCUCCCGCCAAGAACGCCUCUCCACGGCCGCUACACAUCUGUCGUUCCGCUCCACCCUCAGCACUGGCGAGCGAUUUACAAACAUCUCGGAGGAGAGGAAAACGCCUGGCGCUGGAAAUACCUGCCCCUGGAGGGCUUCCUCACCGAGGAGAUAUGCGAGGCGACGAUCACGGCAUGGUCUGCCACAAAGGAUCCCAUGUACUACGCGGUCCUUUCGGGCCCUGCUUCCGAUCCCGCUUCAGAGCCAGCAGGCAUCGUCUCGUACCAGGCAAUUGUUCCAAAUCACCGUAGAAUUGAGAUUGGAUGGGUGAUAUUUGGGGAUGCACUUAAACACUCUAGAGAGGGGACGGAAGCAUUUUUUCUCUUCAUGAAGCAUGCAUUUGUGGAUCUGGGAUAUCUUCGUGUCGAGUGGAAGGCCAAUAAUCUCAAUGCAGCGAGCUUGGCAGCAGCUCGGCGGCUGGGAUUUACGUUUGAGGGAGUUUUCAGGAAGCACAUGAUUAUAAAGGGCAGACACCGGGAUUCGGCGUGGUUGAGCAUCCUGGAUGACGAAUGGGCUGCUGCUCGGAAGGGAUUCGAAGCAUGGCUGGAAGAGUCCAACUUUGAUGAGAAUGGAAAGCAGAAGAAAGGGCUGAGCGAAUGUAGAGAUGACCUGCAGUAG